AUGGAUCAAACUGAUGAAGCAAUAGGAAUCAAAGUGUACAAUGCAAACCCUCCUCCACCACACGAAGCAGCCGAUGGCACUUCCGGUGAGCCUCCCGCAGAAGGUGGCCGGAAAAGACGUGCCGUUGCAAAGGGCGUCCAGAAGACCCUGUCCAAGACCUCCAUGCUUGUUAACUUCCUCCACGGUACCCUCCUCACCUUCGAGAUGGUGCUUCCCACUAUCACAAAAUCCGGCCACUGCUCCGACGUGCACUCCUUGAUGAUCCACCUCCUCCUUGGCCUUUGCGCCCUCUCCUGCUUCUUCUUCCACUUCACCGACAGCUUUCGCGGCCCCGACGGCACCGUUUACUACGGCUUCGUCACCCCAAAAGGCUUGUCCGUUUUCAAACCGGGCCUUAAUGUGGAGGUGCCCAAGGACGAGAGGUUUAAAGUGGGGUUGACGGACUUUGUGCAUGCGAUAAUGUCAGUGAUGGUGUUCGUGGCGAUCGCUUUCUCGGAUCACAGGGUUACGGAUUGUUUGUUUCCAGGGCACGAGAAAGAGAUGGACCAAGUGAUGGAGAGUUUCCCGUUGAUGAUCGGAAUAGUUUGCAGUGGCCUGUUUCUUGUUUUUCCUAAUUCUAGGCAUGGCGUCGGCUGUAUGUCUCCUUAA